CCCGCAGUGGGAAAGUAGUGUUUGAAUUUUCCCACGCGGGGUAGCCAGAACGAGAUUCCCGCCGCCCCCCUUGGAGAUCGGGGAGAAAAAACGACGACAAGACAGUCAGGAAAGUUGAAUUUUACCCAUAAAUGUGUGCGUACAAGCUCACACAGGCAUUGCGGAGUUAAACAGCAGUGCCCUUUUCCAGGCUGCCUUGAACCAGAGAGAGAAAAAAUGGUGGAAGAAGGAGGGGGAUCAGCUCGGGGUGUCAAGCUGCAAGUUGCGUUAGGGAAAAGGAUGGAAAGAGUGGAUGCUGAAGAAGAAUUGCAGCUUGACUUGAGAGAAGAUCCACUUGCUAUCCAAAGUGAGGGCAUAAAGGAGUUCUGGCCGAAGACCAGGUUGCAAGAGAUCCCACAGACACACUAUAAAGGCCCACAGCAGCACUGGGAGGCCCAGUUGCAGACGUUCUUGAAGACAGUGGAGUCCCCCCACUCGAGAGGGGGCAACCCACAGCUGCCCCUUUCGAGAGACGAUGGUGCAGCUUUUCUCUCCCCUUCUGGCAAUGCAGCUGACAUUGGCCCACGAGUUCAAGGAGACAAGAGGGUGACCCCAAUGGCACCAGGCCUUGGUGGUGAUGGCCAAGGGGCCAAUAGCAACCUCUUUGGCAGAGACGAGGCUGGCUGCAGGGAAGUGAAGGAAGAGAUUCCGGAGGAGGCCAAUUCCGAUGUCCAGCGGCAGAUCUUCAGACAAUUCUCCUAUGGAGACGGGGACAAUCCCUGGGAGGUUUGGCAAAGGCUGUGUGAGCUUUGCCACCGGUGGCUGCAGCCGGAGAGGCGCACCAAGGAAGAGAUCUUGGAACUGGUGAUCCUGGAGCAGUUCCUGGCCAUCCUACCAUCAGAUGUACAGAACUGGGUGAGGGAAAGGGGGCCGGAGACCUGCACACAGGCUGUGUCGCUGGUGGAAAAGCUUCUGCUGAUGCAGCGAGAAGGCAAGAGAUGGGAAGGACAGGUGCAGGAGCCUUGCAAAACAGAGGAGGCGCUUUUGUCUGAGGCAGAGGAGGCUCAGCCGGGUGUUUGGCAGGGACCGAUUUCCAUCAAACCGGAGGUCGUAGGUGGAGAUGCUGCUUCCUUGGGCGAUGAGAGGACAUGGAAAAUGGAGCAACAUCAGCUAGAACAUCCCAAGGCAGUAGAAAUGCAUGAGUUUUUGGUGGGAAGAACUGAAAAUAAAGUUUCUUGCUGUCCUGAUUGGGGAGACGGCUGUGAGGGCACGCAGGGGAAUCUCCCAGAGAUGGAAGAGGAUCAGUUCACUCAAUGUGAACAAGUAUUUAGGCAGAAGCCUGACCUUACUUCACUUGAAAGCAUUCAUUCAGAAGAGAAGCCAUUUAACUGCUCAACAUGCGGGAAGACUUUCAGUCGUCGCUCAAACCUCAUUAUACAUCAGAGAAUGCACACAGGGGAGAGACCUUACAAAUGCCCAAACUGUGAGAAGAGCUUCAGUCACCGCUCGAACCUCAGCGCUCACGAGACAGUCCACACGGGAGAGAAACCAUAUAAAUGUGCUGACUGCGAGAAGAGAUUCAGCCACCAGUCACACCUCAUUGCUCAUAGAAGAAUCCACACCGGGGAGAAGCCGCAUAAGUGCUUGGACUGUGGGAAAAGCUUCAGUAAUCCGUCACACCUUAAAGCACACAGGAGGAUCCAUACAGGAGAGAGACCAUACAUGUGCGCGGAGUGUGGGAAGAGCUUUAACCAGAGAUCCAUCCUUAUUGUCCACACAAGAACUCAUACAGGAGUGAAACCAUACACAUGUACCACUUGUGGAAAAAGCUUUAGCCAGAGCGCAAACCUUACAGCACAUGAGAGAAUCCAUUCUACACAGACCUUCCAUUAUGCCAUAGAUCUCUCUGAGAAACAAAACUGUAUCAGCACCACAAACAUGGGGACAUCAACAGUUGGGGAGUCCAUAUAAAAAAGGUUCAAUGCA